UGGAGUUCAAACGAAGCGAGCAGGAGGAGGAGGAGGCAGUAGAGAGGAAACGAAGUCCCAAUCCCACGGUGCCCUCUCUCUCCACGCCCACCACCACCACCACCGCGCCCUCGCUCGCUGCUGCUGCUGCCGCCGGGGAGCGCGCGCCCCCGACGCGGGGGGAACCCUAGGCGGCGGGAGGGCGUCGAUCCCGAGAUCCCCGGGUGGGGAGGUGGGUGCGGGCCCUCCUCCGCUGAGCUCGCCGGCGGGCGGCGGGCGGGUGGGGCCCCCCAUGCCUUUGGCGCCCCGAUCGGAGCCGAUCGGUGGCCGCGUGAGGCGUCAGAGCAGCUCGCCCGGCGAGGGGGGCGCAGGAGAGGCGGAGGCGGCGGCGGCGGCGGAGGAGAAGGGGGAGGAGGAGGAGGGGAAGGAUGGCGCUCUUCCGCAAAUUCUUCCUGAAGAAGACGCCGGAUCGGCUGCUCGAGAUCUCCGAGCGCGUCUAUGUGUUCGACUGCUGCUUCUCAACUGAUUCCAUGGGUGAGGAUGAGUACAGGGAUUACUUGAGCGGCAUUGUUGCGCAGCUGCAGGACUACUUUCCGGAUGCAUCUUUCAUGGUGUCCAAUUUCUGGUCUGGGGACAAGAGGAGCCGGAUUUCAGAUAUCCUGUCUGAGUAUGACAUGACUGUCAUGGACUACCCGCAGCAGUAUGAAGGAUGCCCACUGCUUCAGCUUGAGAUGAUCCAUCAUUUCUUGAAAUCCUGUGAAAAUUGGUUAUCAGUGGAAGGGCAGCACAACAUGCUUUUGAUGCACUGUGAAAGAGGGGGGUGGCCCGUGCUUGCAUUCAUGUUGGCUGGACUGCUGCUAUAUAGGAAAACAUACACUGGCGAGCAGAAAACUCUAGAGAUGGUUUAUAAACAGGCCCGUAGGGACUUUAUACAACAAUUCUUUCCUUUGAAUCCUCAGUCUUCACAUAUGAGAUAUUUGCACUAUAUAACAAGACAAGGAAGUGGUCCAGAAAAGCCUCCUAUUAGCCGACCCCUCAUCUUGGAUUCAAUAGUUCUCCACGUUGUUCCGAGGUUUGAUGCCGAAGGGGGCUGUAGGCCAUAUUUGCGUGUACAUGGGCAAGAUUCAAGUUCUAGUAACAAGAGCGCCAAAGUACUUUAUGAGAUGCCAAAGACCAAGAAACAUCUCCAGCGUUAUGGGCAGGCGGAAGUCCCAGUAAAAGUUGGUGCUUUUUGCCGUGUUCAAGGAGAUGUUGUUCUUGAGUGCAUUCAUAUUGGUGAUAACCUUGACCAUGAGGAGAUAAUGUUCAGGGUCAUGUUCAACACUGCGUUCAUUCAAUCCAACAUCCUUGGCCUGAAUCGUGACGAUAUUGAUGUGUCAUGGAAUUCUAAUAAUCAGUUCCCAAGGGACUUCCGAGCUGAGGUAGUCUUUUCAGACCCUGGUUCUUUCAAGCCUGCCGCUGCUACCGUGGAGGAGGUAGACGAUGAUGGAGAUGAGACUGAUGUUGCUUCAGUAGAUACAGGAGAGGAGUUUUAUGAAGCAGAGGAGGAUUGGCAUGAUGCUAGAAGAGAUCCAGAAACACAGUCGACUGAUGGCAGAACAUCAAUAGGUGAUGCAGAACUGGAUGGUGGAGUAUCAAGAGAAGACAGUGGAAGCCUAGAGAAGCACAGGGCUGAUGAGGAUGUGAAGAUAGUUAUCUCCCAGAAUUUAGGUUGCAUGAGUGAUAGACCAGUAAGUGCACCUGCAGAAAUUUUGGGAAACCCUGGAGGUUUGCAGCAGGCGUGUGAGAAUGAGGAGAUGCCCAAAUUAAGCAACAGAAGUGACCAGGACGACAAUGCUGUGCAGGACAUACAAGUGGUUGCUGCCUCUGUAGAUUCAGAGGGGCACAAAUUUGGAUCCAUCUGUCAGAAGGAGGACAUGAAAGGUGUAAUUGCACAAACUUUAGUCACCGCAAUAGAUCCAAGUUGCAGUGAUGAAGUUCAGUGCCAACCAGACGAAUCUGCAAAAAUAUUGAAAUACCCUAAUUUGGACUAUACUGGAUUCAGCUCUCCUAGAACUUUAUCCAGUGUGGAUGAGGAUACCCGCUUAGGAACUAUACCAAAUGUAGCACUGCAGAAUGCUGAUGUCAAGAUUAUUACCGAGAGUACAGUAAUCGUGGACAAUGAGCUGGUGAUCUAUGAAGAGAAAACUAUAGUUGAUAAUGGAAACCUAACGCAGGAAGUGAAAAAUGUUGUCAAUGAAGAGAGCACUACACCUAAAUUAGAUAGAUCUGUUAUCGAGAGUGUGGACUCACAAGAUAACAAAAAUCACAAGAUGGAGGUCGCUAAAGCUGCUGAUACAACUGAUAGCAAAAUGGAGCAAACUAAAUUGAAAUCUGGGCUUGAAGAUGCCAUAUCUCUAAAGAAAACCACUGUGCAGGGUAGCAUUGUUGUCCUACCAGCCACUGAAAUAGCAACAAAAAUCAAAACCAAGAGAGAAGAGUCUGGUGGCAGACGGGAUGUUGGCAUAUCUCUUCCUCAAAGUAAAAUAGAAGCUAGGGCUAAGAGCCCACGGAUAAGCAGUGACAGAAGGCAAAUACCUGAUAAAGUUGUGCCCUCAAAGAAGAUGCCAGUAGACCAUGCACCUGAGGCAGUUUUAUUGGAAGAAAAGCUAGGCAAUAGUGACCAAUCGCAAGAACAACCAAAGGCAGUCAAACCUAAGACAGUACGCAGAUGGAUUUCACCCAAUAAAGAAUCUGAAACUACCUCUGUGCAUAGGCCAUCUCAUCCUCCAUCUAGAUAUGAUAGUUCUCCAGCUGCACUAGCUAUCCAUUCCAUGCAUACAAAUAACAAAUUCAAUGUUGGCAAAGAUGCACCUCUUGUAUCAUCAGGUGCACAAGCUGUGCCAAAAAUUCAAGCUGCACCUCCACCUCCACCUCCACCACCUCCACCCUAUGCUUCUUCAAGUUCCUUAUCAAUGCACAUGGGAUCAGCUACAAAGCAGCAGCCACCGCCGCCGCCACCACCACCACCACUGCCGCCACCGCCACCUCCUCCAGCUUCAUCAGGCUUGUCAAGCAUUCCUCCUCCUCCCCCUCCACCUCCACUUAUGUCUUUUGGAGCACAAACACGAACUUUUGUCCCUCCUCCUCCACCCCCUCCUCCACCUCCUAGGUCAGGUGUUGGUGGGAAUACUCCACCUGCACCUCCUCCCCCGCCUCUAAGGUCAACUGUUCCUGCUAUUUCUCCACCUCCGCCACCACCUCCUCCACCACUGAAACCAAGUUCUGGUGCUCCAUGCCCACCCCCACCUCCACCGCCACCGCCACCUCCCCCUCCCUCAGCCCCAUCCUCUCGAGCAUUUUCAAGUGCUCCUCCACCGCCACCACCACCGCCCUUGUUACGAUCCGUUCCACCUCCUCCUCCACCACCGCCAAUCUCACACUCUAAUGCUCCACCACCACCUCCACUUCCAGCUGCACGCUUUAAUGCUCCGCCACCGCCCCCACCACCUCCAACAACACAUUUUAAUGCCCCUCCUCCACCGCCACCACCGCCUAUCACACGUUCAGGAGCACCACCUUCCCCACCUCCACCCCCUAGCCCUCCACCUCCACCACCACCUCCAGGUGCACGUCCAGGUCCUCCACCUCCUCCACCACCUCCAGGUGCUCGCCCAGGUCCUCCACCACCUCCACCCCCUCCAGGUGGUCGUCCAAGUGCUCCACCUCUUCCUCCUCCAGGUGGCCGUGCAAGUGCUCCACCUCCUCCACCCCCUCCAAGCACACGUCUUGGAGCUCCACCUCCCCCGCCACCACCUGGAGCUGGUGGGCGAGCACCUCCACCACCGCCUGCCCCUGGGGGAAGGCUCGGUGGUCCUCCCCCACCUCCACCUCCUGGUGGACGUGCACCACCUCCUCCUAGAGGACCAGGAGCACCACCACCUCCAGGAGGCAAUCCUAGUAGUUUAAUAGGUAGAGGGCGUGGGGUGGUACGUGCUUCAGGAUCAGGUUUUGGGGCUGCAGCUGCACGUAAAUCAACUUUAAAGCCAUUACAUUGGAUCAAGGUGACUAGAGCUUUGCAAGGAAGUCUAUGGGAAGAAUUACAGCGAAAUGAUGACUCACAGAGUGUUUCGGAGUUUGAUUUGUCAGAGCUGGAAAGCCUUUUUCCAGCAGCUGUUCCAAAACCGAAUGACAGCUCUAAAUCUGAUUCACGUAGAAAAUCGCUUGGUUCAAAGCCAGAAAAAGUUCACCUAAUUGAGUUGAGGAGGGCAAACAACACAGAGAUCAUGCUGACAAAAGUGAAGAUGCCACUGCCAGAUUUGGUGAGUGCGGCUUUGGCACUGGACCAAUCUACCUUGGAUGUUGAUCAAGUGGAGAAUCUCAUAAAGUUCUGUCCUACAAAAGAAGAAAUGGAACUUCUCAAGAAUUACACUGGAGAUAAGGAAAAUCUGGGUAAAUGCGAACAGUUCUUCCUAGAAUUGAUGAAAGUGCCACGAAUGGAGUCAAAACUGCGGGUGUUCUCCUUCAAGAUCCAGUUUGGUUCGCAAGUCGCAGAUCUUCGAAAAAGUUUGAACACCAUAGACUCUUCAUGUGAUGAGAUUCGAAGUUCUCUCAAGUUAAAAGAAAUCAUGAAGAAAAUUCUCCUCCUUGGGAAUACAUUGAACCAGGGUACUGCUAGAGGUGCUGCAGUUGGCUUCCGGUUGGACAGUCUUCUAAAACUAACAGAUACCCGAGCAACAAAUAAUAAAAUGACACUUAUGCACUACCUCUGCAAGGUACUUGCUGCAAAAUCAUCACAGCUUCUGGACUUCUACAUGGAUCUUGUUAGUUUAGAAGCUACAUCAAAGAUACAACUAAAAAUGCUGGCAGAAGAAAUGCAAGCGGUUAGUAAAGGGCUGGAAAAGGUUCAGCUCGAGUAUAAUGCUUCAGAAAGUGAUGGUCCAGUAUCAGAGAUUUUUCGUGAGAAACUGAAAGAAUUCACUGACAAUGCUGGAGCUGAUGUGCAAUCUUUGUCUUCAUUAUUUUCUGAAGUGGGAAAAAAGGCUGAUGCACUGAUUAAAUAUUUCGGCGAAGAUCCUGUACGCUGCCCUUUUGAGCAAGUUAUCUCCACCCUCUUAACAUUUGUAACAAUGUUUCGGAAAGCACAUGAAGAGAACCGCAAGCAAGCUGAGCUCGAUAAGAAAAGGGCUGAAAAAGAGGCAGAAGCAGAAAAGUCUAAAGCACAGUUGGCUAGUAAAAAUGACUCUAAACCAUCAAAUCCAAGCCGGCAAGUGAAACAAACGCCAGAUACUAAAACAAGAGCUGCAAGCAGACGAGGAAAAGAUGUAGGUUGAUCUCCACGACCAACUCUGUUGUUGCGCUUAUGAUCUGCAUGCUGGGCGAAUGCAUGACCUGCUCGAUGCACGGGGAGGGCAAGAAAAGUUGUGUAAAUGAUGCAGCCAUCAAUGGAAACAGCAUGGCUGCACCAUAGCAACUGUACAUGACGCCCUUUACGUUCGCACUAGCGAUGGCCGGUUUUUUUCUCUUCGGCCAGCAGGGCCGCCCAGUGGCAACUUCUGACUGCUGUAAAGAACUAACACUAACAGCAAAGCUAACAUCAUUCGUUUUUUCCUUUGUUUUUUAUGUUACUUGUCCAUUCUUUCUAACCCCAGUGGCCAAGUGCAGCCAAUGCUUCAGGAGUAGAGCCUCGUAGUAUCGUAGUAGGUAGGUAGAAAUUGUACAAAUAGGAACAGGGAAAGGGUAGGGAAACCAUGUGGGGCGGAGAAAUUGUAGCUGGGAUCUAUACGAGAUGUAAACAUGCGUGUGCUUCACGAAUAUUUUUUUUUGUAGUGAAUGUACCAAGGUUUUCAUAAUUAGUGAAUGCA